AUGUCAUACAAUACCUCAAAUAUGCUCCCCUCCUUUAAUAGCAGUAUCGACCCCGCCAAUCAUAGAGACAUAAACCAAGACUUCCUGGAAAGCUGCAUGUAUAUUACCAUCCAAAACUGGAUCACUCGACAGUUGGAGUACGAGGCUACACACGGUUCUCCCGCGCCGGUGACAGACACCCAACGGAAGCUACUCGAGAAGCUGCAAGUUGCGCUACCUCCUUCUACACCACCUCAGCCCGAACCGGAGUUAGGGGAUGCUAACUGGGUCGGUCUACUAUUAGAAUACCGAGCUGCCCGUCAACGAGUACCCACUAACGCUCCUGGAGGUGACUUUAAGGAGCAACCGGGCCCAAUUGUAUACGGGGUUCAGAAGUGGCAUUAUCAAGUGCACAUCGAUGAGCACCCGGAACCGUUUCCUGGACCCGAUGGUGGUUUAUUCCCAGACGGAACUCUGCCGUCUUUCGCACGCAAGAAAGACGCCAAAAAGUAUGCAGCAAAAUGUGCUGUUGAGUGGCUCGGCGUAAAUGGAUAUAUGCCUCGACUCAACGUCAACGGCGUAAAAUCCCCUCCGGUCCAAGAAAAGCCAGCCACACCACAACCUUCGCCAGCUAGGAAGAAGCAGAAGGUUGCGCCAUCUUCACCUCAGAAUCCCGAGGCUUCGACUCCUAGCCCCCCGCCGAACAAAGACCCAGAGAGCCUUUUACCUAAGGGAAUUGCCUCAACUUUCAACGGCGACGAGGUCUCGGCUAUCUUCGAAACCGAGCGGCUUUGCACCCAACUCGGGUACCCUGGCUUUCCUCAGUUCAAAACCAUAGAGGGCAAGAUGGCCGGUUUCUAUAACGGUCUUCCAGAGCUAGGGACGCUAGCUUUGAAAUUGCCCCCAGGCAUCGGCCACGUAAAGGAUAUCUACGGCAGAAAGGCAGUCAAGGAAAAAAUCGCGGAAGAACUACUUGAGCCUUUACGCAAGCUAGCUGCAGAAUCUGGACAGGCAGAUGAGCGAUCCAAGCCAGGUUCGUUACCAGUUAGAGGGACAGAACCGCAGGUUCCGGCCUAGUUAGGUGCGAAUCUGGCGGGCUUGAUUGCUGAUGUGGCUGCAUAGUAUGACCGGCGUCGGGACUAGAGCGUUGAAGGGCGUAUUUCAUAGGGUAAUCACGGAGGCAGCCAUAAAUAAAUACAGCUUCUUCCAGUUACACAUUAGAGCAUAUUUAUGAGUUGUGUGUUACGACCUUCAGGCCAAGAUGAUUCAACAUGAUUAGCUAGGUUAGUUCAGAUUCUACUUUAACAAUAACGAGUCAC